UCCGGCUUUGAGGGACUCCAUGGCAACCGGCCAUGGCAACCAGCCAGUCAAGGACCCGGAUGGCCUCCCAAUGGGAGGGGGAAAGUGAGGAGCGCGGCGCCACUUCCGGAACACGCUUGUUCAGACCCACCAGCGCUUCUGGGAACUGUAGUCCAAAAUUCGCGCUGGCCCUUAAAGAGACAGGAGUCCUCUCCUUCCCUUGGACCACAACUCCCAGAGUCCUCCUGUUCAAAGGCCGAACUGCGCAUGCUCACUAUCCCUUGCUGUGGAGAGAAGGCCUUGCGUUGCUCUGAAGGGCUGGAGUAUUUGUUUACUGUGGGAAGAAAGUAAGUGAAUGCCGUUUGGACCGUCAUGGCUCAAUUGUAUGUCAGCCUGGGAGUUUGACAGGGGCUUGGAAGAGUGACAGGGCCUCUCCAAACUACAACUCCUCCGGUGAGCCUGCCCGUCAUGGAGGCCCAGUGUUCCCAGCUGCUGCCUGCCGUCUGCACAGUCCUGGCCGACCCUCGCUGCCCCGUUUCGGACGACACUUCCUUGGAGAAACUGCUAGACUGGUUCCAGGCCUUGACCCACACAGCCUUAGUGUGUGAUGAAGCCAUAGACCAGGUCUUUGACAUCCUUCUUGUCUACUUAAAGAGUCCAGAUACCAGCCCUACUGUUCUGAAGAAGACCUUUCAGGCAACACUGAAGUGGUUUCUGAACACAUUAGAGCCGCCCAAAUCGAGUGCUGACUUCCAACGGCAUCAGCAGUUUUUCAAAGAUAUUUUCGCAGUGUUACAAAAACGCAUGUGCAGCCCCAGCUGGGAAGUGCGUGACUCGGCCCUGGAGUUCCUCAUGUUGGUGAUGAAGGACUUGAAAGGGCGGCAGUGGUUCUGGGAAGCACUACUCUCGUCCGAGGUGCCAGCUCUUGCAGAGAGUCUCCUCGAUGACCCAGAGAGCUAUGUCCGAGCCAGUGCUGUAAAGGCCUUGGGGCAGUUUUCCCUUAUGGUCGCCGUUGACUCACAUGACAGCGGGAAUCACAAAGAGGUCAGUGCUCACUUGCUGCAAAUCUUGACCACGGACACUGAAGGCUUCCCUCGCAGAGCCGUGAUUGGCGUCUUCAUUGACUGGCUGCGGGAGGGCCACCCGGACGUCUUGGCUGCCCCUGAGCCAUUUGUUUCUGACGUGAUACAAGCCGUGAGCAGGGACUUGGACUGGGAAGUCAAGGUUUCUGGUCUGGAGCUGGCAGAGGCUUUUGCUGCCCAAACAUUUGCACGGUUUGGGCUUGCCGAGUGUCCGUACACCACCGAUUGCUUGCCAUCCAGCAGCACGCCUUCCCACCUUCCCGAACUAAUGCAGAUAUUCUCUCGAGUGAAGCUAUUUGAGUUCCUGUUCCGAGCCCUUCAGGACUGUGACCGGCCGGUAGCGUUGAAAGCCUGCUGGGUCCUUCUUGCCAUGAAACCAAAGAUUUGUAAAGACAGCUGCCUGGAGCCGGAGAAGAGGUUUGAACCGAAUGAGAGAACUCAGCCAGAGGAAUUGCCAGGGGAUGCAUCUCCUUCUGCACUGAUCAAUACCAUUGGGGAGUCUUGUGAGAAAUUUCUACGGGAUCCUGAGUGUCUGCCCACAGUUUUAAAGUCGAUGGACCUGGAGGCCUUGGAAAGAUCUCUGGAUCUCAGUAGCGAUCACUUGGAGCAGAGUCCCCAGUCCCUCUUGCAGGACAUCCUCUCGGCCUCAGGGAAUGUAGAAGAGAAUGAAGCAGACUGUUACUGAUGUCGCUGUGGCUUGGAGAUCUCCAAUUUGAAGGGCAGGCUGCUUUUCAGAACCUUGCUGCCUCGAUGGACGGCUGUGUUCAAACAGCCCUCCUCUGUCCCCGAGAGCACAAAGGGCUAUUUUGUAAAAAAAAAUUUCCUGUGCAGAUGGACACGUCCGGUGAAGAUUUUCCUAGCAGAGUCAUAUCUAUGUGUAGGAAUCGCUUUGUGAAUGUCCUCUGAGAGGAGCUGAACAACAUACAAGAAAAUUCAGAGACAAACAGGACACUCCCUCUGAAAAUCGCAAGUGUACAAUAAAUAUUUCAUUGUUAAGAA